AUGUCGUCGUCGGAAGGUGCGCCGGAGUCCUGGAUCUCCUCCUUUUGUUCCUUGAUGGGCCAUGAGUUCUUCGCGGAAGUUUCGGAGGACUUUAUUGAGGAUGAUUUCAACCUAACGGGCCUGCAGUCGCAGGUGCCAAUGUACAAGGAGGCCCUGGAGAUGAUCCUGGACGUGGAGCCGGAAGAGGACGAAGAAGAGGAGGAAGAGGAGGAGGAAGAAGAUGACGAUGAUGAUGUCCUGGGUGAUGAUAAAACUCUUGGAUACCGACGAGCUGGAGACAGGCGCCACGCCCGCGUAGCGAGCGACUUGAGCAUCAUCGAGAGUUCCGCAGAGUUGCUAUAUGGGCUAAUUCACCAGCGCUACAUUACCUCGCGACCCGGUAUCCAACAAAUGCUCGAGAAGUACGAAAUGCAGCAUUUUGGCGUCUGCCCCCGUGUCAACUGCAACGGCUGCAAGGUUCUUCCUGUCGGUCGAUCCGACACCCCGGGCCAGGAAACCGUCAAACUGUUCUGUCCCGGCUGUAUGGAUAUCUACACUCCCCCCAACAGCCGCUUCCACUCCGUGGACGGCGCGUUCUUUGGCACAACGUUCGGCUGCCUCUUCUUCAUGACCUUUCCCGACCUGUGUAUUCAACCCCCACUGGACCGCCCUCUCUCUGCCGCCAUCUCCCGAAGCGGCUCCCAGCCUUCCUCAACCCGAUCUCCUUCCGCCCAAGUCCUCCUCGAAAGCCCCACGCCCGAAGAACAACCAAUUGAAAUCAACGGCGUGCACACAGCGAACUUGUGCCCCGGCCUCGGUCGCGGCAAGAUCUACGAGCCCAAGAUCUACGGAUUUAAGGUAUCCGAGGUCUCCAGAGUUGGUCCUCGUAUGAAAUGGCUACGAAUGAAGCCCAAGAAUAUGUACGAGCUUGACGAAACAACGAUUCAUGAGAACAUGCAAGCCAAUUCAGAUGGGAAGAAGGGCAAAUCUGACGCCGCCGACAAGGACGGCGAUACUGAAAUGAACCCUGAGCAAUCCCAAGACAUCGUCAUUGCCAACCGCAAGAAGGCUCCCAUGCGGCGGCGGCGGCAACAGAACGACCAGCCUGCAUCUGAUAAGAUGAGUUUGCAGAGUGCUGAAAUCGGCUAA